AUGCAAACUUCUUCUACUACAAACAUUUGUAAAAGAAUGGGUCGCUCUCAGGAGCUCAGUGAAUUCAAGUAUGGUAAUGUGAUAGGUUGCCACCUGUGCAAUAAGUCCAUCUGUGAAAUUUCCUUGCUACUAAACAUUCCAUGGUCAACUGUUAGUGGUAUUAUAACAAAGUGGAAGCAAAUGGGAACAACAGUAACUCAGCCACAAAGUGACAGGUCAGCGCAUGCUGAAGCACACAGUGUGCAGAAGUUGCCAACUGUCUGCAGAGUCAAUAGCUAAAGACCUCCAAACUUUGUGUCAGUAUAAAUUUUGGACAAAUUCAUGUUCCCAACUUUGUGGGAAUAGUUUGGGGAUGGCUUCUUCCUGUUUUAACAUGACUGCGCACUAGUG